AUGCCGACCCUUGAGCUGGACCCAGUGCACAUGACUGCGAAACUGCCAACACCUUUCCAAGCAGAUGAUCUUUUGCAGGGCCAAGGUGCCACAAAUCUACAAGUCCUUCAGGAAGCUAUUAAUAUGUCCCUACAACUAGCACAGGAGACCAGUCCCUCAGGUCUGGAAGUGCAGUUGCAUUCCAACAAAGUCACCAUUCUGUCGCAACCUGCCAGUCAGCCAGGAAUGGUCCAUGGUUUCCGUCACGUGCAACUCAUUUGGAUUGCUGUCACUAGGCAUUUCUCGGGCGCCGUCUCCAAGCUCGUGGAGGGGGCUGCCCGUGAUGACAGUGGGAAAGCUCAGGGCACGGUGCUCGUGGAGGUCUUGGGAGGCAUAUCCACGAGUACCACCGGGCACUGGUUUGAAGGCCGCUAUGUAGUGGCAUCUGACCCGCACCUGCGGUGGUGGAUGGAUCAAGGCGACGGCCGUUCCUUGGCGGCGAAGUGUCGCUAUCAUUGCUGCGAGGUGCCUUCAGUGGAUUGCCCUGAGCUGAAACGCGGCCGAAGCUUCCACUUCGAGAAGUUCCGGGUGAUCAAUCAGAAGGAGUUGGAUGCCAAAGUCCCCGCGUGGGCGUUCGGUCGGUCAUGUGCCAAGCUCAUGAAGGCGUACUUGGCCAACCGCACCGAGGAGUUGCCUCCCCCUGGGGGUGACGGGCAAGGCCCUCGUGACGAACUACCUUGGCGUGAGGCCGGUGAUGGAGAAUCUUCUGACUCAUCGGAUGCAAGUGGUUCUGACCGUGGCGACUUGAAGGCCAAGCUCCAGGCAGCCCGUGACAAGGUGAAGGCGUUGGAGAAGCGCUAUGCCCGGGGGGACAAGAAGGAGAAAAAGGCCAAGGACGGCAAGGAAAAGAAGAAGCACAAGAAGAGGCGUGGGAGCCGCCGUGAGGAGAGAAGUCGCUCAUCUCGCCGACGGCGCAAGAAGAAGGGCGAGCAGUCACCCCGCCGUUCAAGGCGGGUGGAAGGUCCAGAAAAGGACAAGAAACCUAAGGAACGAGGAGCUGACAAGGAAAAGAAAAGGCGAUCUAGCCCCACCUCCCCCGAGGGGAGUGAAGAUGAACGACAGCCUCGACUUUUCGGAGGUGAUGGAAGUGAUGAGUCAGAUCCAGGUCAUUCUGCCCGAGGGCGGCCAGACCGUGGACCUUUCGGCGGUGGUGAUGUGGUUCGCUAUGGGGAAGGCUCUGACAGUGACUCGGAGUCUUUUCGGGACGCCCCCGCAGGCCAAAAGGCAGGGAAUCAAGUCCACUUGAUUCAGUAUGCAAAGAAGAAGCCGGGCAGACUUGCCUCGCGUCUCCUCUUGAAGAUGCGGAGAGAAGGAGCCCAAGGGUCUGUGGGGGCGAGCCGGAGAAGAGACGGACUGACUCCACCGUCGGCGGUUCAUUACCUGGUGACAGUGAUGGGCCCCCGCCUAGGAACAAAGCUGAACAUGCGGAGCCAGCGCGAGCUGCGCACCUUGUGGGCCGUGCUGGACAUGAUGGCCCAGCAUCGUCACGCCCAAGCGGCGGACUUGGUGGGGCAACGAAUAAAGGCCUUGGAGAAGGCCACGGCGGACGGCCAUUGGGCCUCAGCUCAACACCUCGAGCUACUCAGUCCCGAGAUGGGAGGUCUCCUGGAGAGGGACGAGGAGAUCUACACGUCCCGAGAGCAUCUGCUAGAUCUGAAGCUGCAGAGCUACGAGGGAUGGAAGAAAGGUCCCAAGAGCGAUCAAAAGGGCGACCAAGAAAAAGGAGGAAGAAAAGGCAAGGAGAAGGGUCGCGGGAAAGGCGACCCAAUGAGCCUGUGGAUGGAGCGGUGGCAACGGUGGCGCUCGGAAGAGCACAGCCCGGCCGAGGUGCUGGAAGGAUUAUGGCUGCAUUUGAGGUCCCUCCCAAGCAAGCUGGCUCACUUCUCACUGGCGUCUGCUGGGGAUGGGGUGCCUCCCGGGGCUGGAGCCUCAACUCGCGUGAGGGGUGACGACCUUCUGCCCAUCGAUCUGAGGGAAGUAGCCACGCACCUGCUGGAUGCGGGAAGCACCGUUGCCAACAGCGUCGCCUGCGUUCUGAACUCCCUGAACUACCUGGCUCUGUGUUCUGGUCAUGCACCGGUUCCGACCGUGAUGCCUGAGAGGACGCUGACCAGCCCGCAGAAAGAGGUGAUCGAACAUGUGCGUCGAGCUGUAGAGCAUCUGGAAGCUACGGGCGAGCGGGUUGCCCCCUUUGAGCGCAUGUCUGCAGAGCUGAAGGAGGCCAGGUUUGACUACUCUGGUGAACCGAUUCUGAUGAUGGAGGACUUAGAGGCUGAGCAGGUUAUCGCGGCCUGGCCGGCCAUUGGCCAAGCGGCGGUUCAGGAUGCCACGACAUUCUUACCGGAUCAUAUCCGUGAAAAGUUGGAGGACCCUCGGGCUUGCCUUCUACCAUUGCAUGAGUGGCCCUCACCAACCCCCAUUUCCAAAGUGAGGGCCUCGGAUGAGGAGUGGCACAAGGUAGUUGCAGCAGCUCACGUGAGGGGCUUGAUGGUCCCCCUUGAUCCGGAGGAUGUCUUCAAGGAUGCCUCUGGUGAACCCGUGCUCAAUGGGGCAGGCGCGGUGCCCAAGUUUAAGACCAUCGGGGGCCAAAAGCAGAAGUGCCAGCGGUUCAUCAGCAAUCUGAUCCCCUCGAAUGCAUUUCAGACCCGCAUUGACGGUGACGACAAGUACCUCCCGUACCUGGGACAAUUGACCCUCUUGGAGCAGGAGGCCGAUCAAGUUUGGUUGACCGACAGCGAGGACUUCACCUCAUCGUUUAACCUGUUCCGUCUGCUGGCGGCGUGGCACAAGCUGAUGGGGUUUGGCAAGCUGGUGGAUGCGUCAGCUUUUGGGGGUCCUGCCGGUCGGAAGGUAUACCCGGCGAUGGCCGUGGUCCCUAUGGGAUGGUUGAGUUCGGUGGCUGUGGUGCAGGCGAUCGUGCGGAGCCUAGUCUUUGACCAUGCUGCGGUCCCACGGCAGACGGAGGUGACCAAGGUGCAGCCCAUCCCCGACUCGGGGGACCUUACAGUCAUUUACCUGGACUCAUUCGAUGAGCUCCGGCGGCUGGAAAAGGGAUGCAAAGAGGCUCUGGAUGAGAGCAUGUCCGACCGGCAUGCCCAGUUCCUGAGGGUGUGCCGUGAGAAAGGCCUGCCGUUGAAUGAGAGCAAGCGGUUGGUGGCUGCUACCAGAGGGACGCUGCAAGGAGGCUUGCUGGACGGCGAUGCCGGCCGGUAUGGGCUGUCCCCUGACAAGAUGGCAAGCCUCAUAGGGCUCGCCAGCUCACUGAUUGGGCAUCAUCAGUGGGCUGCCUGCCGUGACAUGGCAUCCCCAGCAGCCACGGUGGUUGACGAGGUCGUGAUGGUCCUGAGCCUGGUCCCCAUGAUGUUCACCAACCUGAAGGCUGGGCUGGACGAAGAAGUGGCUGUGACGGACGCUUCACCCUCCGGAGGAGGUGCUGCAGUGGCGACGCGAUUCAGGCCACCGCCCCUGACUGUUGACAGCAACCCCAGGACCUGCUACGAGUGUGGCAGCGAUUGCUCGAGCCGAGCCAGGUACCCUUGCCCAGCGGAAUGUGGAGCCAUGUUCUGCUCGCUGGCGUGCGUGAUGGGCCAUCGCGACAUCGACAGGCCAGCGGCUGGUGAAUGCCCGCGCCGCGCCUGGCGCCCGCCCCGCUUUGGUGAGCGGUUUUCGGGAGCAAGGGCGCCUCUCAGCCAUGCCGCUGCCUUGGAGGGAAGAAUUGAAGUUCAACCCCCGUUUGAUCUCCACUUCGGCUUGGACAUGUUCACAGAACAUGGGCGGUCAGAGCUCCAACGCCUCAUGGAGGACGAGGACCUGGCUGCAGAGCAUUGGGCCCCUGAAUGUAAGCUGUUUUCGCGGGCCCGGGGCCGGCCGAUCACGUUGGAGGACGGCAGGACCAUCCAAGGUCCUCAGCCAGUGCGUGACGGUCGCCACCUCAUGGGCUUCCCGUGGCUUUCCCACGACACCCGUGCACGGGUGAGGCAAUCCAACAACAUGGUCCUCAAGGCGCUGAAGCGAGGCCGUGGCGUCAACAGGCCCAACAGGUACUGGACGGUGGAGCACCCGUACCGCUCAUGGAUGUGGGACUUCACUCUGGUCAAGGAGAUGGAGCGCGAGCCGGACUUCAGCCACUCCGUUGGGUCCUCCUGCUGCUUUGGUGGGCAAAGAGAGAAAUGGUUCUCCUUCUUUGGAGAUCUUCCUACGUUGCCGCAGCACCUGGCGGUUGACUGCCCGGGCCACCAGGGCUUGCUCUCCUACCAAGUCACCCAGCGGGCCGACGGCUCCCUGGUGUACCCAACAGAAGAAGAGGCAGAAUACCCUUGGGAGCUCUGCACUGAGUACGCCGCGGCCUUGGCAGAGCAGCUCAACCUUGAUGGGCGCUUCGAAGCAAUGGUCAGCGCCGAGAGGGAGCGCUACUACCUGGAAGAACUUGCACAGUCCACCGGGCGUCUGGCUGCCACACCGGUCAAGGAGGCCGUGGCCGCCGUCCUGGUCAGAGAAGAAGCCCUCAUGAUCCAGUCUGAGGAACGUGCCCACCUGAAGAUGCUGCUGAGAUCAGCUACUUACCGAGGAACCGACGUGAGGUUCUUCGUGGAACUGGACACUGAUGGGCACCCCACAAUGCAUGAAGUCCCGUACCUGGCAAUGCGAUGGGACUGGAAGACCAUUUUGGCCUUCCCAUGGAAAGAAGACGGUCACAUCAAUGAAUUGGAGCUCAACGCCGUGGCAGUGUACCUCAAACGCAGGUCACGGUCGCAGUUGCGCCACGGGAAACGAUACUUUCAUGUGCUGGACAGCAUGGUCACCCGGGGAUACUUGGCUAAAGGCCGCAGCAGUUCCCGGUCGAGCCAGCUUUUUCGCAACUGGCAACGCUGCUAUGUCCCCUCCAGGGCGUUGCCAGCGUCUUGGGACCUGGUGGAAGGCCUGAUGGGCCUUGCGUUUCACGAUGGCCAGCCGACCUUUGCACUGUUGUUGGCUUUAGGCUUUAACUGCCUUCUUCGUACCAGCGAGAUGCUGUCCCUCACCCACAGACAUGUGGUGUUCCACCCACGCCGAACUGGUCUUAGCGUGGUGAUUCCUGGCAGCAAAACCUCACAGGGCAAUCCGCAGGUGCUCUUGGUCACGGACCCUCAACUGGUGCGGCUCGCUAAGACCAUCGUCCAACCUACUUCAGACGCACUGCUUUGGACCGCAGGAGCCCACCAAUUUCGGAGGACGUUCGAUGGAUUCCUGGUGCGACUGCAGUUUUCCUCGGGAACUUAUACCCCCUACUGCUUGCGUAGGGGUGGUGCCACCUGGUACUUCCAGUCGUCACUUUCUUUGGAUGCAACGGUUUCCCGUGGCCGCUGGUCCUGCAGCAAAACCGCCCGUCAAUACAUUGACGAAGGGACAGCCCAACUGGCCCAUGCCUCUUGGACGCCUUCACAACGGCAUACAGCGCGCGCCUGGAGUCGCAUGGAGUCGCUUCCUGCUGAACUACGCCAGGUGUGGGUCCUCCACGUCCAUGGGGGCGAUUUAGAGAUGGAGAAGGUCUUGAGAAAUCUGUCGAAAUGUGGCGCCAUUCGCUAUGACCUUCAAGCCAUGUACGUCCUAGGCUCCAGGCUAUCGGCAGACACUAUGUACUCCAUCUACCGCGCGCAGCUGCACGGCACAGCGGAAGAUCCCUCUGAAACCAAUGUGGCGAUGAAGGUGGUUCCUCGCACUUCAGCUGCGGGGAUGAAGCAGGUGGCGAGAGAAGUGGAACUGCACCAUGCUUGCCACAAUCAUGUCAGCAUCAACAAGCUGAUCGCCACCUUUCAGGUGGAGGAGGCUCCCCUAGGGCCAUGCUGUGCAAUGGCCAUGCCGUUGCCAUCGCAGGAUCUCAUGGAGUGUGUCCUGAGCAGCAGCAGCAGUGAGAUGAUGGCGGCCAAUCUGAUGAAAGGCCUCCUAGGAGCUUUGCAGCACCUCCAUAAGCAGGAAAUCAUCUACCGCAAGCUGAGCCCCGAGAACAUUUUCCUAACAACGGAUAUGAAGCCUUUGCUCUCGGACUUUAGCCUUGCCAUGCGACUGAGCGAGUUGAAACGCUGUCCCAUCCAGCUGGGUUCUCCGGGCUACACUGCUCCGGAGAUUCAGCUGAAUAUGGAGCCCACCAUGCAGAGCGACGUCUUCAGUGCCGGUGCUGUGCUCUUCUUCAUGAUUGUGAAGCAGCAGCCUUUUGCAGACUCAGACGUGGCCACGGCAAUUAGCAACAACAUCACACACAAGAUCUCGCUGGAGCAUAACGAAUUCAAAAAUAGUCCCAAGCUGAAAGACUUGGUGGAGGGACUCAUGGAACGCUCGCCGGUGAGUCGACUUGAUGCCACUAGCGCUUUGGCCCACGACUUCGUCCAGCAGGCCGUGAUUGUGCCCCAUGCACCACCUGGUGAUCCCAAUGCACGCUCGCAGCGCUUGCGACAACGCUUCGUGAAGAUGCUUCCUGGCGAGUCUCCUGCCGCGGCCGAGGGCGAGGACAACUCUACUCAGGAGAUCUCACCGCCCAAGAGUGCGGCGUCAGAUUGGAAACUGAGCUUUUCGGAGCACGGUCGCCAUGAAGCCCUGGUCUAUCGCCGUCGCUACCUCUUCAGCAGUGGCACCACCAAGAGCUUCCUUCAGAUUAUUCCCUUUUCCGAGAUCAAGGAUCUGCAGGAGACCAGUCACACCAUCUGGCAAACCUUGGAGUUAGAUGGAUGCCUGCAAGUCCCGCUGGACGGCCUAGACGCAACAGCUGAGCCCUACUCUCCGGCAAUGUUGCCAUUGGAACCGGCAAACCUGGCAGCGAUGAUUGGUCAAUCUGCGCUGAAGCCUCCAAACGAGCGAAUCACCACAGGGAUGCUACGCACUCCAGAUUUGCCGCCAAUGCACCGAGCAAAUUCCAAUGGCAGUGCCAAAAUACUUCGGAUCGACAGCACCUCUCUCUCUCCAGCAGCAAGGGGUCAGUACGAAGGAGAUGAUUCAUCGGGGGCCAGGGGACAACCCACCUGGUGGAUGCCAUCUCAAGCGCCGAAAAACUCGGGCGAGAAGGUCUCUAGGGAUAUGUUUGGCACCUGCGCCUUUUCACAAAGCAACGAAGAUGGGCAACGCCGGCGCUUCGUGAAAAAGCUUGGCAUGGGCGAGGAGGAAGAAGAUUUUGAUGACACCGCCUCGUGGCAAUCCUGGAGGUCUGAGGCAAUGCUUUCCAGUGCCAGUCGUAACAGCCGUGGCCGCAGUGGAAGCAUGGCCAGUUGUAUCAGUAAUGCCAGUGCUGCAGCCAUGAGAGAACUUCUACUGGCCCAGAGUGAAGAUGAAAGUGACCGCGACUUCGACGGCUUUGGCCCUCCGGCGGGCCCCAUGCUCUCCCACAGGGGCAGCGGUAUCCGUGGAUCUUCCCCUCACUUGACAGUUCCAUCGGAAUCCUCGCGGAGACAGAUCUUGUCCCCGACGCAGCCAGUGCCACCAGCACGGGACUGGGGAACUUGCCAAUUCAAAAAGGAAGUGGGGCCUGGUGGCCGCGGGCGCCAGAAGGUGCGACCCCUUGGUCCCGCGGGGCAGCAGUUGGGCCUGCCAGGGGGAGAGGAGGAUUUUAAUGAUGCCUCGUGGCAAUCCUUCGCAGACAUACCAAGAAGCCUUAGCCAGGCCAGUGUCAUGAGCGACAUGAGCUUUGCUGUCGGCCCAAGUCCCAGCGGUGACAUGAUGAAGGACCUGCUGCAUUCAGACCUAUCACCCACUGAUGGACCCGCAAGACGACGAUCUUCGAGGAGGGGCACCAAUCAACAACUACAAGAUCUCUAUCGAUUGAAUGCUGACGCGUGAGAUCGCGUGAGCCAUUGCCAGUAGUGCGUGGUUACUUGGCAUGGACAUGUCCCGAAAAGAGUGGGAUGAUGUUCUGAUAGCUGAUAGACAUUGAUAGACUGAUAGCACGAUUCUAUCCGAAAUUUGUGGAGCAUGAGGAUUUUUGUCCUUCGAAAUCAAGGCUCCAAGAGCUCGCAUUGAUCGCUUUCGCUCGCCAGAAACUGGCAGCUGUAGCUACAGCAGCUUGCAUUUUUAAGGACCGAGGUGAGCUAAGGCCUCCAGAAGUAGACUAUCCUGGG